AUGUUUCGUAUAUUUUUAGUGCUUGUGAUAUUCGCCAUUGUGGAAUAUUCACAUGGCAUUAUUCAUGGUCAUGGAGGCUAUGGUCAUAGAGGUCGUGGUCAUUGGGGUCAUCGACAUGGUCCUGGUUGCAACCAUCCUCUAGAAACAAUAGAUGAAAUAAUUGCUGAUAUCGGACAAAAAUAUUCCUUUGCCGAAUCAUCUCUUGGGAAAUUCUGCAAGGAAAAUGCCACAAUUACACCAAAAAUUAAGUACGGAGAUGAAGCAUAUAUUAUCAAAUAUUCAUUGUCAGAUGUCACCAACUUAGAUGUUAAAGUGGAAAUUCAAAAUGGACUAAUAAUUACAAAUGUAGCAGGAAACGGAGUUUUCAAUGGGUUUAAAGAUGUACGAAUUUUACCUGAAAUACUUGAUGUAAGUGCAGGAGAAUGGGUGAUUCUAAAUAACGAUUUAAGUAUUAAAUUGCCUUACAAAGUGCCUAUUGGACAGGAAUUCAUAGCAGAGUGUCCUUCAGAAAAAGCUGUCGUAAGCAUUUUAAAACGUGAAGUUGUUAAUUUGCAACUAAGAAAUCAACUAAAC